UUCUACUCUCAUCAUCCGUGCAGAUGGCUCUGACUAUUGCAUCCGGCAUCGACCACGAACUCUCCACGCCACCACCUUCACUCAAGCCGUUGCGCGAGUUGCGAUAUAUCGUCGACAGGAUUGUUCCAAAAGGCGUCGACCUUCGCAAAAAGGGACCUCACCGAUACAGGCAGGCUCCGCCGACCUACUUCCUUGGCUACUUCAUGAAUCCGAUGAAGAUCUACGAUGCGUUCAAGAGGCGCGGUCAGCAGGAAGCCACGGUCGAAGCCACUCUCGAGAAAUACCUUGCGCUUAUACAAGAGAACAUCGGGCUGACAUGGGGGGACGGUAUACUGAAGGAACGUAUCAACGGUGAAGAAUGGUGGCUGUUCUACGCCGUACAGUCAUUGCGCAAGGAGGAUAUCCAGGCUAUCAGCGAGGAGGCCAGGGAUGGGCUCCGGAGAGCUAUGGGGGUUGCGGACGAUCCCAUUCUCAUUGCAUAUCAUCAUCCUCGGCACUACAUCUCUUGAACCCGCAAUCAUUCUCCCUCGUAAUCAUGGUAUACGGGCGUCAUCGCGCUGGGCGUAUCGGAUGGAUAUCUCUUGGGAUCAUGUGACAUACCCUGACCUUGAAUAUACCUCUUAAUAUCGGA